AUGCCGAUUAUGGCGAACUCAACGGAUCGGAUAGCGGCCGUGAGGACGUUACUAAAAAUUCUAUGCUGGAUAGGCCUUUGGAAGUGGCAAGAUGAGACCGGAUUCCUAGGGAUAAUAAAGCGCAAUCUUCGCUUCGUCCUCCACCUGCCUCUAAAUAUAACCUAUUUAGCGCUUAUGUGGCUAGAAGCGCUAACAUCAACGGACUUUGAACAGGCUGGCCAAGUGCUUUACAUGUCACUAACCUUGCUUACCGUGGUAGUGAAGUUAAUGAACAUUUGGCAAAAACGGGAUAUGGCUUGGAGUUUUAUUAACGAGUUGAGCUGCGACCCAAGGUAUGAGUUGAACAAUCGUGACGAGCUCGAGUACUGGCAAAGCGAGCAAAUCAAAUUUAGGCGAAUCUUGUACACAUAUAUGGGAUGUAGCUUUGCGGUGGGCUUGUUCGGCUUUUUCAGUGUACUCUUUCAAGAAAAUUACGAGUUACCCUUCAGCUAUUAUGUGCCAUUCGAAUGGCGUAAUCCUGAGCGCUAUUACUAUGCGUGGGGCUACAAUGUCCUGGCGAUGGCACUGGCUUGCUCCACCAACAUUAUGCUCGAUACCAUAGGCUGCUAUUUCAUGUUCCACAUAUCACUACUCUACCGUCUUUUGGGUCUACGUCUCGAGGCCCUACAGAAAACGUCAGAUCAGGAGGCAACCCUGAAGCUGCGCCAGAUUUUUCAAAUACAUGCUCGACUCUUCCGAUUGACGCAUGACUGUGAAUACCUGGUGUCGCCUUACGUGCUCUCGCAGGUGGUGCUCAGUGCAUUUAUUAUUUGUUUUUCCGGAUACCGCCUUAUAUACAUGAGCUGGCAGCAAACUCCCGGCCCCUUUUUUACUACGAUACAGUUUGCCGGCGUUAUGGUACUGCAGAUCUUUUUUCCGUGCUACUAUGGAAAUGAAUUGACCAUCUAUGCCGAUCAGCUCACCAACAGUGUAUUUAAAACGAACUGGUUGGAGUUUUCGGUGGAAACUCGGAAAACACUAAUCAUUUAUAUGGAAAUACUCAAGCGCCCAGUAAUAGUACGCGCAGGAGACUUUUUCAAAAUCGGUUUGCCAAUAUUUUUAAAGACUGUGAACAAUGCCUUCAGCUUCUUUGCGCUCCUCUUGAACCUCUCCGAGCGACAAAUUUCUAUUAAACCAUAA